AUGUGCACAAGGUAUCAAGCCUACGAAAUCAAAGACCAAAAUAAAAUCGUUGAUUCUACCAGAACUAUAUGUUACCAGGACGAGCACGAAGGACUGUACAUGAUCAAAGAUACCCACCUCCUUGGCUACUCUUGGGAUGAAAUUUGGUCUUUUGAGAACGACAGCGACAAUGAUUACUCCAGGGUUGUGACCACUACAAAAUGUUCCAGAGUCAGACAGGGCACCCAAUUUGACACGAACUUCAAAGUUAGUGCUGGGUUUAAUGGUCUAGGUCUUUCACUUAGUACGGAGUGUGGCCCGGAAAGCAAAACUUUCAACGAGUCAGAAACAACCAAAACCGAGACAACAGAAGAUACCUGCACCGUGAAAGCGAACACUUCUGUUUUCCUAUACCAGAAGGUGUACCAUUUUAGAACAGAUAUCUGGUUCCGACUGGACUCCUUCGCCCAGAUGUGGACUGUUGGAAAUUACAAGCGGCCUGGUGUUGCGCUAGUCAGCUCUGAUGUUGAUAUCCAUGCCAAUAGCUUUUUCCAGGAUGAUAAAAGCUUGGUCGGGAAGGGGGAUUUGGAUGCAACCACUACGCGCAGUGUGGAUGAAAAGACAAACAUCAAGCCAUUUGAGAAAUGCAGUGACCGUUGUCAAGACUAUCUCCAUGAAAGAGGCGUGUGA